CCCUUCUCGAUAUGGUCCACCCUUGCACCACUUUGUAUCCAAGUAAAAGCCCUCGAUAUUAUUCAAUCCUGGUUGUUGUACAGGCCACCCAGCAUCGCGGGCGAUCUGAAACGAUGACUACCGCUGACAGCUUUCUGACACUUCAUUCGGCGUUUCAGAGUCGUCUACUAUACUCCGUCAUAAAAAUUUGUUGAUGACAGGGCACCUGAUAGGGCGUGUGAUUGUUGGGAAAUUGCCUGCGUUAUCACCAGGUGGAAGGAAGCCACAUAGGGUGGAGAGGGGUCGCGGCCUUUCUGCGCAUUCCUCAGCGUGGCUCGCUCCACUCCCGGCGAAUCUCCCAUCCACUUCCCGCCUGCUUUGAAACUAAUUGCAUUCCUCAUCGCUUCUUCUUCUCAGAUGCCUUUCCUCGACGUGGCCUUUCGGGCUCAUCAGUCUCCUCUUCCUACUUCCUUGGUGCUUCUUUGCUUCUUUUAACUUCUUGUUAGCCUUAAUCGGGGAAUGAUCUGACCUGUUUCUGUCGAUCCGAGAGCAUCCGUCGUGCAUCACGCUAUCCUCUCUACUCAUUGCGCACAAGCUGUGCUCAUCCCCGAUCACAUCCCCGAACGUAUUCCUGAGCGCAUCUCCGUCCUCCAUGCAAUAGCCACGCUUUCCCCCGACCGUCUGGGUUUAUCGUAUCGCCAUGUCUGAAGAAUUUCGUGGUGCGGACAAUACGUUCCCCGCCGAUCGACUGCCCACCAUGGCCACAACAACGAUUAAAGUGGAUGGAAUGACCUGCGGUGCCUGCACCUCUGCCGUUGAGGGUGCGUUUAAGGGGGUGGAAGGGGCGGGCGAUGUAUCAGUUAGUCUGAUCAUGGGCCGCGCCGCCGUUCAACACGAUCCGUCUAUACUUUCGCCCGCCAAAGUUGCAGAAAUGAUUGAAGAUUGCGGAUUCGAUGCCGCAGUCCUCUCCACUGAGGAACAUGUCAGAUCAGCGGACCUCGAUGCGCUGGGUGGUUCGGAGACGAGAUCAACGACCACGCUCGCCAUUGAAGGGAUGACCUGCGGCGCAUGCACAUCUGCGGUGGAAAGUGGACUCAAAGACAAUCGCCUGCCGGCCAAGAGGAUUCAUCUGGACUCGCCAACCGGACGGAAAACAAGUCAGGGCAUCUGGUGACGACGGUUGCCAUCGGUGGUAUGACCUGUGGGGCGUGUACGUCCAGUGUCGAAAACGCCGUUGCCAAUGUGGACGGCGUGAUCCAGCUCAACAUCAGCCUGCUAGCUGAACGCGCGGUGAUCGUACAUGAUCCGUCUGUACUGCCUGCACAAAAUAUAGUCACCAUGGUAGAGGAUGCCGGCUUUGAUGCGUCUAUCGUCUCAUCUGAAACCCAAGAGCCGCUAUCACGGAAAACCCAGCAGCUCAGUAUGAGCAUUCACGGUCUAAGGGACGCAACCUCUGCUUCAGCACUCGAAGAAGAGCUUCUCAGCCGACCAGGCAUUCAGUCUGCGUCUGUCAAACUAGCAACUUCCCACCUACUUGUUGCUUUCGACACAUCCGUUAUCGGCAUCCGAUCUGUAUUUGAAAUCAUCGAGGGUGCUGGUUACAAUGCACUGAUUUCUGAUCAUGAUGACACAAAUGCGCAGUUGGAGUCCUUGUCCAAAACGAAAGAAAUUCAGGAAUGGCGGCGCGCUUUCAUAACGUCGGUCUCUUUCGCUGUUCCAGUGUUCCUCAUCAACAUGGUCUUCCCCAUGUAUCUGCGCCCAAUUGACUUUGGCAGAUUCCAGCUGAUCCCAGGUCUUUAUCUGGGUGACUUGAUCUGUUUCGGUCUGACGAUACCUGUACAAUUUGGCAUUGGUCGACGGUUCUACGUCACCAGCUAUAAAUCACUCAAACAUAAAUCCCCGACCAUGGACGUCCUCGUCAUGUUGGGAACAUCCGCAGCUUUCUUCUAUAGCUGCUUCACCAUGUUCAUGGCUAUCUUCAGUGAUCAACACACACGACCAAGCACUGUUUUUGAUACCAGUACCAUGCUCAUCACAUUCAUCACGCUGGGAAGAUGGCUAGAGAAUCGGGCGAAGGGCCAGACAUCCGCGGCCCUCUCCCGUCUCAUGUCUUUGGCUCCGUCGAUGACAACCAUUUACGAAGACCCUAUUGCCGCCGAGAAGCUGGCCGACGGGUGGACCUCGCAAGGUACAUCCAAUGAGUCUAGGCCCACGUUAGCAGACGAUACCACGGUAAAGCAGAAACUCAUUGAUACUGAAUUGAUCCAAGUGGGCGACAUCGUCAUCUUGCGUCCCGGUGAUAAGGUCUCCGCGGACGGCAUUGUUAUUCGUGGUGAAAGUUACGUCGAUGAGAGCAUGAUCACUGGUGAAGCCCUACCCAUCCACAAGAAGAAGGGUAGCCAUGUGAUCGCUGGUACCGUGAAUGGAACAGGCUCAAUCGACUUCAAGGUCAUUCGGGCUGGCAGAGACACCCAGUUGAGCCAGAUCGUCAAGCUCGUCCAGGAUGCACAGACGAGUCGCGCCCCGAUUCAGCGCAUGGCUGACAUUGUGGCUGGUUAUUUCGUCCCGACAAUCAUCGGUCUUGGCCUGAUUACCUUCUUCGGCUGGAUGUUCCUCAGCCAUAUCUUGUCCAACCCGCCCCAAAUCUUCCAGUCGGAGGACAGCGGUGGCCGAGUGAUGGUCUGUCUCAAGCUCUGCAUUUCGGUCAUCGUCUUCGCCUGUCCCUGCGCCCUGGGUCUCAGCACCCCGACCGCCGUCAUGGUAGGAACCGGUGUUGGUGCUGACCACGGUAUCCUCGUGAAGGGCGGCGCUGUUCUCGAAGCCGCCACCAAAAUCAAUCACGUUGUCUUCGAUAAGACUGGCACCCUUACUACGGGUAAGAUGAGUGUGGAUCACGUUCGGAUGGAGCCUCACUGGACGGCAAAUGACUGGCGCCGCCAACUGUGGUGGCUGAUUGUCGGGCUCGCAGAGAUGGGCAGUGAACACCCAAUUGGCCGUGCCAUUCUUUCCGAAGCCAAGUCUGAAUCUGGUCAUUCAGGGGAAUUUGGGUUGCCCGGAAGUGUCGGUGAUUUUGAUGCAUGUGUCGGGAAGGGUAUCUCGGCUGUCGUCGAGCCCACGUCCAGCGUGGAGCGUGUUCGCUACCAGGUUCUUUUGGGCAAUGCUGACUUCCUACGAUCAAGAGACGUCCCCGUGCCCGCGGCGGCUGACCCUGACUCUUUGGGAGCCGCAGAGGAGACGGGACAGGCGGCACCUAAAACAACCAGUGCUGCCUCUGGCGUCACGCGCAUCCAUGUUGCCAUCGAUAAUCGCUACGCGGGAACCAUCUCCCUUCGCGACAGCGUCAAGGAUACUGCAGUGGCUGCAGUCGCGGCCCUCCACCGCAUGGGAAUAUUUACCUCCAUGGUGACAGGCGACACAUUGUCCACCGCGCUCUCGAUCGCCUCGGCCGUGGGCAUUCCAGCAUCAGCCGUCCACGCAUCUGUCUCUCCAUCCGAUAAGCGUGCCAUCAUCUCUUCACUCCAGCUCAAAGGCGAGCGCAUCGCCAUGGUCGGUGAUGGUAUCAACGACUCCCCUGCACUGGCAACUGCAUGUGUUGGUAUCGCACUAGCCUCCGGCACCGACGUCGCCAUGGAAGCUGCGGACAUUGUUCUCAUGCGCCCGGACGACCUGCUCUCUGUACCAGCCAGUCUGUCACUCUCGCGCUCUGUUUUCAACCGCAUCAAGCUCAACCUCAUUUGGGCAUGCCUCUACAAUGUCAUCGGUCUCCCCUUUGCCAUGGGUCUUUUCCUCCCCUUCACAGGCUUUAUGCUCCCUCCUAUGGCUGCCGGUGCUGCAAUGGCAGCAUCCAGUGUCUCGGUCGUGGUGAGCAGCCUGCUUCUGAAACUUUGGCAUCGUCCUUCCUGGAUGAAGGUCGAGCGGUUGGAGAAGGAACUGAGCUCGGGAGCUAUUCCUGCCGAUGGCGUCUCGCGUAAGUCUGGCUGGUGGUCUCCCGCUACUAUUCUGUCGGAUCAUCCUCGGUCUAUCACACGCUGGAUCGGUGAUAGUGUGGCAUCGCUAUGGGCCACGGUAACUGGAAGGCGGACCGUUGUUCGCGGGGACGAAGGUUACGUCCCGCUACAGACUGUUGAGUCUCUCGUUUAAUGUGGAAUGCUGGCUUGGGCUGGUGGGUAUGGAAAUGAUACCACAGAUGUUCGGGUUUGGAAAAUGGGAUAUGGAUAGGUUUUCACGUGGUGUUUCAUGACUGUCUUGGCUUACUUUGAGCUGCACUUCCUGGCCCUCUGUCUCUCUCUGUUGGUGGAGUUGCAAAUCUGGGUUAUAUUGUUCUUUUUCAUUCCCAAAUACUCGAUACCUCCUUUGUACAGAUACUUUAUAUAAUUCAAUAUAGGCUAUUCCGUCAUAAACCUGACAUAACCUUAUGUACUGGGCCAACUGUCUCAUUUUCGUAGUGUUUUGUCAAGCGGUCAUUGGAAGCACCGUCAUGUCAGAUACUGAGGACUAGAUUCAAUGAAUAGUUUGGGAGCAUUUUGUUACGCCCCAAAGUCUUGAUUUGCAUAUUCGUCACACGCCUCGAGCAACUUGAUUCGGGUACCGGGUUCCUAAAUAAUGUCAACUCGGUCGAUCUAGGUAUAAGUAUCUACACCGGUCUU